AAGGAGAAAAACGUAAAUUGGCCUAAUUUUUUAAUAAAACUUUCCGUUUGCACUCCAUACGGAUCGUUUCACCCACGGAUUAGCCCUUCAUAUUUGAUAGUGAGGAAAAAGCUCAUUCGUUUAGAGGCUAAGACAAUUGUGAUGGAAUCCUCUACAAAUCUGCUGGAGCGCAUUAGCACUGGCAGCGAUAAGGAGACGGCCAGCAACAGCAUCAAUCCCAGCGGCAACGAUCAAGAUUCUGGUUUGGCCUCGUCGGCAGAGAUGACGAAUACACCUGUGGCGCAGAGCGCCGCUGGCGAUGAUGUGGAUGAGGAUAUUUUUGAACAGGUGACAAUGAUACUGCGCAAACGACGUGGCUGGGGACCACAGGAUUCUCUCAGUCCCAGUGGUCUUGAUCUGGAUUUGCUCGAGGAUGACGAUGAGCUCGUUGAAGAAGAUGAUGCCGGUUGCCCGCUGCCCUCGACGCCAGAGGACACUCAGCUGAUAGAGGCCGAGAUGACCGAAGUCUUAAAGGCAGGCGUACUCUCAGAUGAGAUCGAUCUGGGUGCGCUGGCCCACAAUGCCGCCGAGCAGGCCGAAGAGUUUGUGCGCAAGGUCUGGGAAGCCAGCUGGAAGGUUUGCCACUACAGGAACUUGCCCAAAUGGUUGCAGGACAAUGAUUUCCUGCAUCGCGGUCACCGUCCGCCAUUACCCUCGUUCCGCGCAUGCUUCAAAUCAAUAUUCCGUGUCCACACAGAGACUGGCAACAUCUGGACACAUCUGCUUGGUUGCAUUGCUUUCAUUGGCGUCGCACUCUACUUUGUGUCUCGUCCCACGGUUGAGAUACAAUUUCAAGAAAAAUUGGUAUUCGGCACAUUCUUUAUGGGCGCCAUUAUUUGCUUGGGAUUCUCGUUCGCUUUUCAUACAUUAAGUUGCCAUUCUGUAGAGAUUGGAAGACUGUUUUCCAAACUGGACUAUUGUGGAAUUGCGUUACUCAUAAUGGGCUCCUUUGUACCGUGGCUUUACUAUGGCUUUUAUUGUCACUACCAGCCAAAGGUGAUAUACUUGUCUGUUGUUUGUGUGCUCGGCUGCCUGUCUAUCAUUGUCUCGCUGUGGGAUAAGUUUUCGGAGCCCGCUUUGCGUCCGCUACGUGCUGGAGUAUUCAUGAGUUUUGGGUUGUCUGGCGUCAUUCCGGCCAUUCACUAUAGCAUCAUGGAGGGCUGGCUUAGCCAAAUUAGCCGAGCUAGUCUUGGCUGGCUUAUACUAAUGGGCCUGCUUUAUAUACUGGGUGCAUUAUUAUAUGCUCUUCGCGUCCCUGAGCGCUGGUUCCCCGGCAAGUUUGAUAUUUGGUUUCAGUCACAUCAAAUUUUCCAUGUGCUCGUAAUAGCGGCAGCCUUUGUGCAUUACCAUGGCAUCUCGGAAAUGGCUAUGUAUCGUGUCACAGUCGGCGAAUGCACCGUGCCAAUCGAGCCUAUAACAUUCUAAAGAAUCUAGCAACUACAAAAACUACAAUCUUCACAUACAAUCAUACAUGCGCACUCGCGAGAAAGCAAACCAUCUGCACAUACAGGCACCAAAAAUGAGAGACGUAGCGCCGUUUGACAAUGCAACCAUUUUAGCGUUCGGUACGCAUUUGUUCUUUGUUAAUUGGAUUCAUACAAAAAGCCAACAUUCAUGAUGGAUGAAGAAUAAUCUAUUUCCGGAAUGGUGAUU